GCUCCCGUCUCCAAUUCGCUCCGAAACUGAGUGCAAUUGCCUCUUCUUCCGAAGUGGGUGGUGGGGCAAAGACACCCGUUGGAGGCAGAUCUGCGAGUAACGAAUCACCGACGCCUGGCCACCACUCCACGGUGGGUGCUUUGAUCGUUCCUAAACAUCAGUCGGAACCCGACACUAGCUUGGUGAGAACGCUGCCUCCACUCCCAACAGACUUUUACACGCGAAAUACCGAGUGAAUUGUAGUGAUGUGAGAGCACUUGUGACUUUACUUAUUUUUUAUUUUUGGGUUUGUUUCGUUGGAUUUUCUUGUCUCGGUUUGGUGGUGUGACCGUUUGUUAGUUUUCGGGUCCACCCGCAUUCCACACUCGGAAAAAAUCCCUAAUUAAUCGACAAGCGUCGCCAACUCACAAUAGGUAAACCGGAGCAUGCACCAGAAGGAUGACGAUGGCAGAGACGGCUGUUGAGUCUUCCACGGAUAAAGUCAACAACAACCACCCUUUAGUCGUCAACCACAACCACCGACCAGCCACCAAACAACGCAAACGGAAGCGCCUCAGCCAAGUUCUGGACAAACUAACCGGAGGAGGACAAAACGACAGUCCCGACGACGACUCCUCACCCCCCAACAACAACAACAUCGACGACAAUCAAGAACGCACCACCAAACACCUCCAACUCACCCCCGACGUUUUCAAAUUCGACACUCCCGACGAAGAUGUCUUCAGUCCUGCAAGUUCCAGCAACAAAUCACCACACAGCUCAACCGAAUCACCACGAAUCAGCUUCAGUCCGUUGCGCCUCAAAGAAGACGACGCCAGUUGUAGCCCCCCUCUACCCUUCCAACGCACGUCCUGCCCCUGCUACCAGUGCAUCACCGGGGUUGGCCACACGCCACAGCUCCACCCAUAUGACCGGUAUUUCCCCGCCCCUAGCCCCGCCUCUCCCGGGAAUUUCGAACGUUACUUCCACUCCAAGUACCUCCCGGACAUCUUCCGGAGGCGCAGCCACUCGGAUUCGGACCUCCCACUGUGGAAAAACUGGCCACACCCACUGACACUCCCCCAGGACUCGCCUCUGGACUUGUCGGUGAAGAAGCCCCUCCCAUCGCCACUCCCCCUCUUCAGGGGGCCGGUGUCAGUGUCAGUCCCGGUGGUCAAAGGCGAUGUUGCGUCACCAACCACCAAGGAGUCCGUGGCUUCGCGGUACAACCUGGAGGUCUCCCCCGUGGUGGAGGAGAUGCCCCCAGGUUCGGACGUGGCGUAUGUGUGCCCAGUUUGUGGGCAAAUGUUCAGUCUGCACGAUAGACUUGCCAAACACAUGGCUUCAAGACACAAAAGUCGCCAAAACACCGGCGAAAGCACCGCCAAAGCGUACCUUUGUGACGUUUGCAAAAGGUCCUUUGCUCGGAGCGAUAUGCUGACGAGGCAUAUGAGGCUGCAUACGGGGGUGAAGCCCUACACGUGCCGGGUCUGCGGGCAGGUCUUUUCCCGCUCGGACCACUUGUCGACGCACCAGAGGACGCACACGGGGGAGAAGCCCUACAAGUGCCCCCAGUGUCCCUACGCGGCCUGUCGCAGGGACAUGAUCACGAGACAUAUGAGGACGCACGCCAGGUAUGAGCCAGAGUUGGUGGCCCCCGUUGUCAAGACUGAAAAUCACUAGGAUUUGGAGGAGGUGGGGGGGAUUCUAGUCGCAACAACGGGGUUUGUUUGUUUGUGGUCAUUGAAGAUCUCAUUUCAUUCCAAUGUGCGUCAAUUGCCAGUUUAGACGAUUUUUGUUUUUGUGCCAAAUCUAAAUGGCCAGUGGCAUGACUCGGAGCCUGUGGCACUGUUUUUAUACACUUCUUUGGUUUUGGUGGGGGAGGAACCACGGAGCAAAAACGGUUUUUUACCACAAAAAAUGUGCUAGCACGUAUACUAAAACCAGAAAUUUCUGAUCAAAGUGGCAUCUGAGUUGGCAACACAGAAAAGAUAUAAAAAUCCUGCCAGUUUUUAUAUCUUUUCCUCGGCUUUCGCCGAUAUUUUUCAAAGUCGCCAACUUAACUACAAAGUCAAAGUCCAUUUUGAUUAAUUGGUAUGAGUUGAAUUAUUCAACACAAAAAAUAUAUAUCUAAGUUGGCAAUACUAAAUCUGUAUUUUUAAACAGGACAAUUGAAGUAAAUUUAAGGAAAUAAAAAUUUCUUUUUUACCGCUGUAGACCAGGUUUCAAUAUGAAAUUUGUCUUUUCAAAAUUUUCAAAACAUCAAAAGUUACGUAAAUUACCUAAAAGCCGCUUUACGUGAAAUUACCGUACUAUCUUGUUUUUUUAUCGUACUUUCUAAAUUACAACUGAAAAACAUUUCUUUGAACUGUUAAAUGACCAAAUAAAAAACAUAUCCCCAACUCUAAAAUGUUUAAAAAACUAGAAAUUUCCAAUCAAAAAGUUUGUGACUUUAAAAUUGAAUUGGCAACAUGGUAUGAGUUAAAAACUGGUCAAGAAACAAGAGUUUUUAAUUUUUUCUUAAGAGGAAUCUUAAACUUUAACGAUUUUUUUUAUUAAACAAUAACGAAGAGAUUUCAAAAAAAUCUGUGUUUAAGUGGGCAAUGCAAAAUCUUAUUUUUAAAUACUAGUAGGUAGAUAUAAUUGAAGUAAACUUAAUAAAAUUAAAGUUUUUAAUUAUUAACUUCUGUAAAACAGGCUUUACUUUGAAAAUUGACUUCUCAAAAUUUCCAAAUCGCCAAAAGUUAUUAUUUAAGGGCCAUUUUACAUGAAAUGACGGUACUGUCUCGAUUUUUUGCACAUCAAAAAAUUACAUUUUUUCAAACUCCUAUUCGUAGUUUUGAAAUGUUAUACAAGUAGGUAUUUUUUACUUAAUGUGUUUUUUAAAUUAUUACUUUCUAAACUGAAAAUUUUAAACUGUUACAGAUAGUAUAAAAACAUAUGUCCAACUCAAAAAAAUUAUGAAGACUAGAAAUUUUUGAUCAAAAACUUUAAAAUUAAGUUGGCAACAUUGUCUAAAGUAGACACAAAAUAUAAAAAAAAUAACUUUGUUAAUAUUUUUUAAUGUUGACAACUUAAUUUUAAAGGCACAAAUCAUUUUAGUUACAGUUUAAAUGUUCUCAUGAUACGAACUGAAACUGGACAAAAACCACACGUUUUUAUUUAUUUUUUUAAUUUUUUUCUUAUUAAUUAAACAUUGACAAAAUUCAAAAAAAUCAGUGUUUGAGUUGGCAAUCAUGAAUCUUAUUUUUGAGUUAGUACAACCGAAGUAAAUUUAAUGAAAUUAAAAGAUGUAAUAACAGGUUUAUGAAAAUUUUUAACUGAAAUUUUGUAGGACUUUAAAAUUAAUUUGGCAACAUUGUCUAAUGUAAAACUGGCUUAGUUUAUAUUUUCAACGUUGCCAACUUAAUUUCAAGGUCAUAGGUCAUUUUGAUUAGAAAUUAUGAUUAUGGUUAUGAAAUUAUGAGUUGAAACUGGACAAGAACUAAAAAAAAUUUGUUUUUUUUUAAGAGAAAUCUCAACUUUUUUCUUAUUAAACGUCGACAAAUAGAUUUAAAAAAAAAUGAGAUGCCAGUAUUCAUUCAUGACAUAAAAACAUAAUUUACAACACUGUGCAGCUGAAGUAUUGCCAACAGAAGACACGAAAGUGUUCCUAAUUCUGUCACCAACUUAAACAGACAUUGUUGAAUACUCUGUAUGUUGGUUUCGUUGAGUUUUACUCAAGUGGUACUAAAAUGAAAAUCAAAACUUGUGGUAAAAACGUUUUUGCUGUGGCUUGGUUCCAAGAACCAAUUUUCGUUUCAAGCGCUAAAUUGUGAUCAGAGUUGUAUUGGCCAUUUUCUAGUUAGGUUUACAAUGGACACUUUUUGAUUAUCCGGUCACCGGUUAGUGAUUUUUACAAUGGAUUUUUCAAUCCGAAUAAUCUCCCAGUGCCUGUUGUAUUAUAAAUUGUAGUAAGACGUAAAAAAUAAUUAACGACUAACUCAUGUACAGCUUCCCAACAACUUUUCGUAUUCAUCAAAGUACUUACACUACAGAAAAGUCCAACAAAAUUCGAGCACGCGACAAAUGUCUUUUUGUGUGUAACUACCUCAUAAUUUAAAUUUUUCGAUUUUAUUUACGCUCUCUAAUAACCAACAUGCUCCAUGACACAGUGACACAUUAUGGAGUAUUGUCGCAAACUUGUCCAUAAAGAACCCUUCAAACUUUGUACCAUGAUGGGCGCUCGCAUGGGGUCCGAUGGUAUCGCCGCAAUUUACGACUAAUAAACCGAUUUUAAUAUUUUCGAGGGUCUUAAACAUAUCAGCAUAGAUAGGGAAUCUUGAUCCAUCCAUUAGUGCCGAUUUUCCCAAAAGGGUGGCUAUUAGUAUUAAAGUGGAGAUCGCUUUCGACGAUAAGCUUCGAUCUGUUAAACGAAGGCUGUAAAAUGUGAGUUGAGUGUUUUUGGAAUCAUAGGAUAUUUACUUACUUUGUACUUGACCUAGGAGUUAAGCUUGUGCCCUGUAAAUGUUGAACUUCCUUGCCUAAAGACGAAAUGAUUGUUAUGUUUUGAACAAAAAUGCUUUAAUAUGAUUAUUUUAUGACUUAGAUACGUAACGUUUAGAUUUUGACGAGAAUACGAAUACUGUGAUAUUUGUACAUUUCGUUAUUACUGCUUUAAUUUUAACGAGAGUAAUAACUUGAUUAGUUAUAUAUUUUUGAUAUCGAAUUUUAAAAUGAUGCGAAAACGUUGUCUUCAUUGGGCAUUGUCGAAGAAAAAUGUAUGAAUUUUAGCAGUUUUGGUUACUCGAUUCGUAAAUUCGUGCCACAAAAAUUCAUUGUUACCUGUUCUUUACUCUGCUGUGUAUGAAAUUUCUACAUUUGUGCCACACCUUUGUUUUAUAUGUUAAUGUUAAACGGUAAACGUAUGUUUAAUUAUUUUUACUAUUGUACGUAAGUUAUUAGAUAAGUAUUCACAUUGUUAAUCUUAAACCGGUCGGUUUUAAACUUAUUUAUCUAUAUUUAUUUUUUCUCUUUUCAGAAAAGUGUUUUACGUUAUUGCAUGUACAAAGACAUGGCUACUUAAUUAUUUAA